AUUAAUUUUCCAGUCAACACAUGUGCGAUCGGUUCGACCGGAACCCGCUUUCGCUUUGUAACCUUCGUCUUUGUAGUCUUCGUCGGUCUCCUAAUUUGAACAAUAAAACUACGACAAAAGCUAAAAGUUCAAUGGCUCAUAGCCGGCUAGAAAGAAUCGGCACGAUUUAUACAAGAAUAACUGGUUUAAUAAAAUCAGGUGCAAUGAAAUUAGAAGAUAGGCCAAUCUGGUACGAAGUAUACGAGGCCUUUCCUCCAGAAACUCCUCCUUUAUACAGUCAGAAAGUUUCUGACAAGCCCAUAAGGGAUAUAUUUUACCCCGAGGAUAAAAUCAGAGCUUUAUUUCACAAGAAAUUAUCCAAUUUCCAGAUGGGAAGGCUAGAUGAUGAAAGUCAUCAGACAUUGUCUCAAAAGUGUGUAUCUUCCAGCUUGGCCCUUUCUAAAGAAAACGGCAUUUCUCUUGAAGAAGCAUUUGAAACAGCCUUCGCCAAAUUACAGGACGAACUUGCCAAGAAUAAAACUGUCAAUGUGGAAACUCAGGCUUCAUCAAGCACACCGACAGAAAAGUUGGGAAAAAGCGUAGAUUUAAAAGAUAUUUUUAAAGAAGAUUGAAAUUUCAUUUAGUUUUUGUUUUAUAUUGUAAAUAUUGUAGUCAUU